AGUCCCUCCUCCCCAAUCCCCCAUUGGGUCAGUGGCUCCUGAAGCUCUGCCAGUGAGGGACAAAUGAGCUGGGCUGUUGAUUUGUCCCUCUUGGCCUUUCAGAAUUUGCCCACAUAAAUACUCAGAAAGACUGCCCUCUUCUCACUUCUCUGAACUUGGCCCUGAGCUGAACUGGGUCCCCUGGAUUGGGCAGAGCCAUGGGGGACUUGUUUAUGCUGUGGGUGACUGUGGGCAUGUGCUAUGCCACCUUCAGUGCCUCUGCCUGGUCAGUGAACAAUUUCCUGAUAACAGGUCCCAAGGCCUAUCUGACCUAUGCUACCAGUGCAGCCUUGGGCGCUCAGAGUGGCAUCGAAGAAUGUAAGUUCCAGUUUGUGUGGGAACGCUGGAACUGUCCUGAAAAUGCCCUCCAACUCUCCACCCAUAACAGACUGAGAGGUGCCACGAGAGAGACUGCCUUCAUUCAUGCCAUCAGCUCUGCUGGAGUCAUGCACGCCAUCACCAAGAACUGCAGCAUGGGUGACUUUGAAAACUGUGGCUGUGAUGAGUCAAAAAAGGGAAAAACAGGAGGCCGUGGCUGGAUCUGGGGAGGCUGCAGCGACAAUGUGGAAUUUGGGGAAAGGAUCUCCAAACUCUUUGUGGACAGUUUGGAGAAGGGGAAGGAUGCCAGAGCCCUGAUGAAUCUUCACAACAACAGGGUCGGCAGGCUGGCAGCGAGAGCCACCAUGAAAAGGACCUGCAAAUGUCACGGCCUGUCAGGGAGCUGCAGCAUCCAGACAUGCUGGCUGCAACUGGCUAGCAUUCGGGAGAUAGGAGACUACCUAAAGGCCAAGUAUGACUGGGCACUGAAAAUUGAGAUGGAUAAGCAUCAGCUCAGGGCUGGCAACAGUGCUGAGGGCCACUGGGAUCCCAUGGAGACCUUCUUUCCUGGUGCAGAGGCCGAGUUGAUCUUCUUAGAGGAAUCUCCUGACUACUGUACACGCAACACCAGCCUGGGCAUCUAUGGCACCGAGGGUCGCGAAUGCCUGCAGAGAAGCCACAACGCUUCCAGGUGGGAACAACACAACUGUGGGCGCUUAUGCACUGAGUGUGGUCUGCAGGUGGAAGAGAGGAGAACUGAGGCCACAAGCAGCUGUAACUGCAAGUUCCAGUGGUGCUGCACAGUCAAGUGUGAUCAGUGUAGGCACGUGGUGAACAAGUACUACUGCAGAAGGUAUCUAGGCAGAGCCAGGACCCGGGGCAAGAGAGGAUGGUUUGGGGUGCACAUCCAGAGGAACCUGAAAAGCAUUUGUUACAUUAAGUUUCAGACUCUGUCCAGGCCAGCUGUGGUGCUGAGAGUCAGGGAGACUAGAAUCAAAGAAUUCCCUGAAAAAGCAAUCUUAGGCAGAAUGAGGCAGAAACCACCUUCUCCUAUUGGGAGGUUUUUAGAGGGCUGAGUUUUCAUUUCCCCAUGAACUUUGGAUAAGUUUCCCCUACCCAGGCCUUGGGGAACCAGGACCCAGCGUGACAGGAAAUUUCCAUGAACCAUCUCUGGAGCCAAGAAGAGGGAAUGCUGACAAUAAGUGGACAGGUAAUCAGGACUUACCAGA